AUGGGCGGCUUGGUCAGCUACGACGACGUGGACGACGACGGCAACAAGAGCCAGUGGCUGCUGUGCAAGGAGGAGUCGGUAGUGUACGAGCGUGGUUUCAGCUACCUGCCGAUCUCGAAGGUGUGGGCCCUUUUGGCCAGCAAUGACACAGCUUUCGUCGCGAACUGGACCGAGGCCAAGACCGCUGCCUCGACAGGCGACACGACUUUCCAGCAGGAGACCGUCACCUCGUCGUUCGUGGAUCGCGUCAGGAUCGAGCGCAAGUUCACGGCCUUGAACGCUGCGGAGUACAAGAAAGUUGUGCUACAGCCACCUCGGUUUCGGCAGACCAGGUGGCUUCCGACGAUGAUGAUUCCCAGGGAGCGGGGUUCGCCUGGCCUCGAGCAGGUGUGGCUCUUCUGCUACGGCCCCGACCUCCCGUUCAGGAGCGUUGUGAUCGAGCAGGCGUCUGGAGUUGAGCGCGCCUGCGUCAUGGUGGACACCGCCUCCCACCUGUGCGAGAACCAGGCCCAGGACAUCAUGAACUGGAAGGUCAACAACAUGAUCCACGAUUGCGAGGUUUCUGACAGCAAGCACGUACCAUUCGACAAACAACUGGAGAGAGAGUUCUACACCGUGAAAACGUGGAGUGCCAAGAUAAACGGGAAAUCACGCGUUGACCCCGGGGAUGCAGCCACGGACGACGGCGCGACCAGGUUUGGCGACGAUGGCGAGGACGAGACCAACAUGGGAGAUGAUGCAGAUGAAGCGUCGCAGCAGCCCGCUGGGGCGUCCAGGGCGCCAGCUGCAGGAAAGGGCGCGACGGCGCCACCGUCGGCGAAGAAGCUGGGCGCCCACUCCGUCGGCACCAGCUCGAACAGCGACCUCGGGGGCGCGCAUCCCAUCGAAGAGCUGGACGACGCCGACAGGCACAUCAACCAUCUCAACUUGUUCGUGGCCAUGGCGAAGGGCAAGCUCGGAGUGCAGCUGAACUUCGCCACCCAGGCUCUCAGCAAGUACAACGCAGAUCCCGAUAUGCAGACCGAGUACAAGAAGUUGAAGAAACAUUUGAAGCUCUUCGCCCUAGCCGAUUCGCUGCACGCGAACAACAUCGGACAGCUGCAGCAAUCCGAGAUGGACGCUGUUUUGACUACUGUCGCAUCUGUGGUUCGCAUUCCUGCCUGCGUCAGCGUUGCAGUGUUGAAGGCGAAAGCCACCACGGCAGCUCUGAAGGCAUCGAGCGUUGACCACGCCAUCGACCUGAUGCGCAUGACGUGGCCGCUGUCUGCGGGAGCCGUCGCCGAGGAGAGCCCGACGUCGCCGAAGCUCUGGCAGAUCGACGUUGUCUUCGCUGAUAAGCGUAAGCUCUUCAUUGACUUAUUCGUUCGGACCUUUUUCUCGAAGCUGAUCGCCAAUGGCGAGGCCAUCGUGUCAGAUUUACUGCAGGUCAUCUGCCUCGAGUUCGAUCGCGAGCUGACCUCGGUUGCCGAGAGUGCCACGACCGCCGAAGACCAGGCCGCCUUCAUGUGCGAGAUGACCUGCCUGGUCGACACCGUGGCGACCGUGUUUGACCCGAUCCGCGCCUUCAAGGAGGACUCUGGCGAAGAUCAUCUAGCCAACUUGACUUCGCUCCAGCGCGAGGAAAAGAACAAGCCCAUCUUGGAGAUGGUUAGCCUUGCAUUUGCCGGCGUGCCGCGCUACCACGACGUGAUCAACUCACUGGUGAUGAACAAGGUCAGGAUCUCCGAGAACAGGGCUGAGUUCAACGCCGUCCGAGCGCAAUCCCAGUCCGUGCUUGGUACUUGGACGUCCGACCGUGAGGCUGCGAUCAAGACUGCGACGAAUUGCGUCGGCAAGAUCGCCGCGGACACGUUGGGCUCGGACGGCGCUGACCUCCCACCACUUCUGUUGCAAGCGAUGUUGAAGCACGCCGUGCAGAAGUUCCCGCUGGACACCAAGUUCCCGCAGUGGCUCGACGCGGCGACGACCAAGGAGAACAACCAGGGGAGGGGCAACGACGUCAACGCGCUCCACGUGGCGCUGGAGGCCUUCGCGAAUGAUGAGAGCGAGGAGACGUUCGGCACGGUCGAGGCGGCUGUUGGUGCAGUUGGGAUUUGUCCGUGGUGCCUUCGCCUUUCGGUCGACGAGUUCCCGAGCAAGUUGGUCAAUCGCGUGGCGAGCUGCACCGUCGACCUUGCCCAGGGGACUGGCGCGGGCGUUAGCGCGGACCAGACCGCUGACAUGAUGCAGAUCCUAGUCGAGGCUUCGUCGCUCCACGGGGCGUGCGACAAGCUGAUGGCCGACCACAAGACCGAGGAGAUGGACUUCGACGUGCAGAGUGCGCUGGGCCAGCCGACCCAGGUAGCGACCAUCCAGCUGCUCCAGCGCAAGGUGGUCAAGCACGUGACGGACCUCGCGGGCGUCGAGGCGGCGGUCGGCGUCCGCCAGCGCGCCGAGGAGAGCGCCCGCAAGGGCCGCGAGGUCCUCGACGUGCUCGGCGAGGCGGCCGCGCAGAAGGCGAAGGACCAGGUGGAGGCCGUGCUCGAGCUCGUCGCCAACGUUCGCGGCGGGCUCUCUGGCGGCGGCCGCUGGGUCGACGCCGUCCCCGAGGGCCAGCUCGGGGCAUGGGAGGUAGUCUUCUCGGUGGCCGAGAAGAGCAUCAUGAAAGACAAGGCCGUGGCUGGCCUCAGGAAGCCGCUCGAGGCUCUCGAGAAG